AUGGAAGCUAGAAUUGAAGGUGAGGGUCAACAUUACUAUGGGUUUAGAGCAAUGAAUCUAAGGUCAGUAGGUAAAAAGAGUGUGGAGUGGGAUUUGAAUGAUUGGAAAUGGGAUGGUGAUUUCUUUGUGGCUACACAAUUGAAUCCUGGUGGUGGCGAAACGACGGGACGUCAGUUUUUCCCGUUAGGAAACUCGUCGAACAGCUCUUCGUCGUGCUCUGAUGAAGGGAAUAAUACUGAGUUAAUGGUGAGAAGGAGUAGAGAGGUUGAGAAGAAAAGGAGAGCUGUUGUGAUUGAGGAAGAUGAUGAUAAUAAUGGUGGUGGUGGUCUUACUUUGAAGCUAGGAGACAAUGGUUGUGAUCUUAAUGGUGAAAGAGAAGGGAAUUGUGCUGCAGCAGCAGCGAAGAAGACGAAAUUCGGAGGAGGAGGUGUGACAAAUCGCGCGGUUUGUCAAGUGGAGAACUGUGAAGCUGAUCUUAGCAAAGUUAAGGAUUAUCAUAGACGCCAUAAGGUGUGUGAGAUACAUUCUAAGGCUACUAGUGCAGUUGUCGGAGGUAUUAUGCAGCGGUUUUGUCAGCAAUGUAGUAGGUUUCAUGUUCUUGAAGAGUUUGAUGAAGGAAAGAGAAGUUGUCGUAGACGUUUGGCUGGACAUAAUAAACGUAGGAGGAAAACAAAUCCUGAACCUGGCGCUAACGGGAAUCCUCCUGGUGAUGAUCAAUCAAGCAACUAUCUGCUGAUUAGUCUCUUGAAGAUACUGUCCAAUAUGCAUUCUGAUCGAUCAGACCAUACCAGUGACCAAGAUUUGAUGUCUCAUCUUCUGAAGAGCCUUGUAAGCCACGCUGGUGAACAAUUAGGGAAAAACUUAGUUGAACUUCUUCUACAAGGAGGAUCUCAAGCUUCCUUAAAUAUCCGAAACCUGCUUGCAAUUGAGCGAGCUCCUCAAGAGGAUUUGAAGCAACUUUCAGUAAAUGUACCGGAUAUUCCUCAGCAAGAAGUGUAUGCCAAUGGGACAGCUACCGAGAACAGACCAGAAAAACAAGUCAAAGUAAAUGAUUUUGAUUUGAAUGACAUCUAUAUAGACUCAGACGACGGUACAGAUAUCGAAAGAUCUCCUCCUCUUACGAAUCCAGCAAGCAGUUCUCUUGAGUAUCCUUCCUGGAUACAUCAGUCUAGUCCACCGCAGACAAGUAGGAAUUCAGAUUCAGCAUCUGACCAAUCACCAUCAAGUUCCAGCGAAGAUGCUCAGAUGCGCACAGGUCGGAUUGUGUUCAAACUAUUUGGGAAAGAGCCCAAUGAUUUUCCUGUUGACUUGCGUGGACAGAUUCUUGAUUGGUUAUCGCAUAGUCCAUCUGACAUGGAGAGCUACAUUAGGCCUGGUUGUAUCGUGUUGACCACUUAUCUUCGUCAAGCUGAAACUGCUUGGGAAGAACUUUCUGAUGAUCUAGGUUUUAGCUUAGGGAAGCUUCUAGAUCUCUCUGAUGAUCCUUUGUGGACGACUGGAUGGAUUUAUGUUCGGGUGCAAAAUCAACUUGCAUUUGUAUUUAACGGUCAAGUUGUUGUUGACACUUCCCUGCCUCUAAGAAGUCGUGAUUAUAGCGACAUCAUUAGUGUUAGACCGCUUGCUGUAGUUGCAACAGGAGAGGCUCAGUUUGCAGUAAAAGGCAUCAAUCUCCGUCGACCUGGCACAAGGUUACUUUGUGCUGUGGAAGGAAAAUACUUGAUUCAGGAAACAAUAAAUGACUCGACGACUGAGGAGAAUGAUGAUCUCAAGGAGAAUAAUGAGAUGGUUGAGUGUGUAAAUUUUUCUUGUGCUUUGCCUAUAACAAGCGGUCGAGGAUUCAUGGAGAUUGAAGACCAAGGACUCAGCAGCAGUUUCUUCCCUUUCAUUGUGGUUGAAGAAGACGAUGUUUGUUCUGAGAUCCGUGUACUCGAAACCACAUUAGAGUUCACCGGAACUGAUUCUGCUAAGCAAGCUAUGGAUUUCAUUCAUGAAAUAGGUUGGCUUCUUCACAGAAGUAAGCUUGGCGAAUCAGACCCAAAUCCAGACGUUUUCCCAGUAACACGGUUCAAGUGGCUAAUCGAGUUCUCAAUGGACCGAGAAUGGUGUGCUGUGAUCAGAAAGCUAUUAAACAUGUUCUUUGAAGGAGCUGUUGGUGAUUCUUCCUCCUCUGAAGCCGCACUGUCAGAACUGUGCCUUCUUCACAGAGCCGUUAGGAAAAACUCUAAACCCAUAGUCGAAAUGCUCUUGAGAUACAUUCCCAAGCAGCAAAGACACAGCUUGUUUAGACCCGAUGCCGCUGGUCCAGCCGGUUUGACACCUCUUCACAUUGCAGCCGGUAAAGAUGGUUCAGAAGAUGUGUUAGACGCUCUAACAGAAGACCCUGAAAUGGUGGGUAUUGAAGCGUGGAAGACAUCUCGAGACAGCACGGGCUUCACACCAGAAGACUACGCACGCUUACGCGGUCACUUCUCAUACAUCCAUUUGAUUCAACGCAAGAUCAAUAAAAAGUCUACAACUGAAGAUUACGUUGUAGUCAAUAUCCCUGCUUCUUACUCAGAAAGAGAGCAGAAAGAACCAAAAUCAAGUCCAAUGGCUUCAGCCUUGGAGAUCACAACACAGACUAACCAGCUUCAAUGCAAGCUUUGUGACCAUAAACUGGUGUAUGGGACAACACGACGGUCUGUAGCUUACAGACCAGCUAUGUUGUCAAUGGUGGCGAUUGCUGCGGUUUGUGUCUGCGUGGCACUGCUCUUCAAGAGUUGUCCGGAAGUGCUCUAUGUGUUUCAACCGUUCAGGUGGGAGCUAUUGGACUAUGGAACAAGCUGA